AUGGACGAAGUUGUCAAACAGGAUCACAACUUGUUCCUCAGAACAGUGAACGGGCUUCUGGAAGCAAAUGGUGGAGGAGGUGUAUCUCUCACCCAAGGUGGAGGUGUGUCUCUCACCCAAGGCGGAGGUGUGUCUCUCACCCAAGGUGGAGGCGUGUCUCUCACCCAAGGUGGGGGAGGUGUGUCUCUCACCCAAGGUGGAGGAGGCGUGUCUCUCACCCAAGGUGGAGGAGGCGUGUCUCUCACCCAAGGUGGAGGAGGUGUAUCUCUCACCCAAAGUGUGGAGGAGGUGUGUCUCACCCAAGGUGGGGGAGGCGUGUCUCUCACCCAAGGUGGAGGAGGUGUAUCUCUCACCCAAGGUGGAGGAGGUGUAUCUCUCACCCAAGGCGGAGGUGUGUCUCUCACCCAAGGUGGAGGCGUGUCUCUCACCCAAGGUGGGGGAGGUGUGUCUCUCACCCAAGGUGGAGGAGGCGUGUCUCUCACCCAAGGUGGAGGAGGCGUGUCUCUCACCCAAGGUGGAGGAGGCGUGUCUCUCACCCAAAGUGUGGAGGAGGUGUGUCUCACCCAAGGUGGGGGAGGCGUGUCUCUCACCCAAGGUGGAGGAGGCGUCACGCCGCUCCUGGUGGCCAUAAUUAGCGAGGUGGGCGCCACAUACCAGACAUUUUCCUCCUCUGGACAAGUGCCGGACAGUGCCCCUGGCCCUCAGCCAGUGUCGGACAGUGCCCCUGGCCCUCAGCCAGUGUCGGACAGUUCCCCUGGCCCUCAGCCAGUGUCGGACAGUUCCCCUGGCCUUCAGCCAGUGUCGGACAGUUCCCCUGGCCCUCAGCCAGUGUCGGACAGUGCCCCUGGCCCUCAGCCAGUGCCGGACAGUGCCCCUGGCCCUCAGCCAGUGUCGGACAGUGCCCCUGGCCCUCAGCCAGUGUCGGACAGUGCCCCUGGCCCUCAGCCAGUGUCGGACAGUGCCCCUGGCCCUCAGCCAGUGUCGGACAGUGCCCCUGGCCCUCAGCCAGUGUCGGACAGUGCCCCUGGGCCUCAGCCAGUGUCGGACAGUGCCCCUGGGCCUCAGCCAGUGUCGGACAGUGCCCCUGGCCCUCAGCCAGUGUCGGACAGUGCCCCUGCCCCUGGCCCUCAGCCAGUGUCGGACAGUGCCCCUGGGCCUCAGCCAGUGUCGGACAGUGCCCCUGGGCCUCAGCCAGUGUCGGACAGUGCCCCUGGCCCUCAGCCAGUGUCGGACAGUGCCCCUGGCCCUCAGCCAGUGUCGGACAGUGCCCCUGGCCCUCAGCCAGUGUCGGACAGUGCCCCUGGCCCUCAGCCAGUGUCGGACAGUGCCCCUGGCCCUCAGCCAGUGUCGGACAGUGCCCCUGGGCCUCAGCCAGUGUCGGACAGUGCCCCUGGGCCUCAGCCAGUGUCGGACAGUGCCCCUGGCCCUCAGCCAGUGUCGGACAGUGCCCCUGGCCCUCAGCCAGUGUCGGACAGUGCCCCUGGGCCUCAGCCAGUGUCGGACAGUGCCCCUGGGCCUCAGCCAGUGUCGGACAGUGCCCCUGGCCCUCAGCCAGUGUCGGACAGUGCCCCUGGCCCUCAGCCAGUGUCGGACAGUGCCCCUGGGCCUCAGCCAGUGUCGGACAGUGCCCCUGGCCCUCAGCCAGUGUCGGACAGUGCCCCUGGCCCUCAGCCAGUGUCGGACAGUGCCCCUGGGCCUCAGCCAGUGUCGGACAGUGCCCCUGGCCUUCAGCCAGUGUCGGACAGUGCCCCUGGGCCUCAGCCAGUGUCGGACAGUGCCCCUGGGCCUCAGCCAGUGUCGGACAGUGCCCCUGGGCCUCAGCCAGUGUCGGACAGUGCCCCUGGCCUUCAGCCAGUGUCGGACAGUGCCCCUGGGCCUCAGCCAGUGUCGGACAGUGCCCCUGGGCCUCAGCCAGUGUCGGACAGUGCCCCUGGCCCUCAGCGAGUGUCGGACAGUUCCCCUGGCCCUCAGCGAGUGUCGGACAGUGCCCCUGGCCCUCAGCGAGUGUCGGACAGUUCCCCUGGCCCUCAGCGAGUGUCGGACAGUGCCCCUGGGCCUCAGCCAGUGUCGGACAGUGCCCCUGGGUCUCAGCCAGUGCCCCUGGCCCUCAGCCAGUGUCGGACAGUGCCCCUGGCCCUCAGCUAG